AUGUCCGUCACAACGAAAGCCACAAUCGCCUCCUUCGGCGGCAAAUUGCUGAAACUCAGCCAUGCCGCCAAGUCCACCAAGUGCGAGAUGAACUUCAACCUCUACCUGCCGCCGCAGGCCGCGACGCAGAAGGUCCCUGUGUUGAUCUAUCUGUCUGGAUUGACUUGUACAGCCGACAACUGCUCCGAGAAGGGCUUCUUCCAGCACGGUGCGAGCAAAAAGGGAAUCGCAGUGCUGUACCCGGACACCAGCCCCAGGGGACUGGACAUUCCCGGAGAGAAUGAUGCGUGGGAUUUUGGUACCGGCGCCGGUUUCUACGUCAAUGCUACCAAGGCGCCGUACGACAACGGAUACAACAUGUACAGCUACGUGACGGAGGAGUUGCCCCAGACUGUCUUUGCUGCUUUCUCGCAGCUGGAUGCAAGCCGGGUUAGCAUCACUGGUCACAGUAUGGGCGGUCACGGUGCCCUGACUCUGUUCCUCCGUAACCCUGGCAAGUACAAGUCGGUAUCCGCCUUUGCGCCAAUCUCCAACCCCAUCAACUGCCCCUGGGGCCAGAAGGCAUUCUCCGGAUAUCUGGGAGACGAUCAGCAGAAGUGGAAGGAGCACGAUGCGACCGAGCUCAUCAAGCAGUGGAAGGGCCCACUGGAUGUGCUCAUUGAUGUGGGAACCGGCGACAACUUCUAUAAGCAGGGCCAGCUUCUCCCCGAGAACCUGGAGAAGGCCGCCAAGGAGGCCGGCGUCGAGGGCGUCAAGGUCCGCUACCAGCCCGACUACGAUCACAGCUACUUCACGAUGGCGACCUUCUCGGACGACCACGUCGAGCAUGCCGCCAAGUACCUCCUCCAAUAG